CAGACACAGACGACGCAAUACAUCUUCAUGACUCCGCAAAUGGGCCCAAGCGUCAGGAAGCGCGAGCUGGACGUCUUCGGAAGCAACGGAAGCAUCAUGACGAUGGGUCCAAAUGGGAGUUCCAUUCCGGGUAUGGCCACCUUCGGAGACUGCGGAUUCCCUAUGACCAACAGCCAGGGUCAGCGCAUCUGCCGUCAGUGUGGACACACCGGCCGCAUCAAGGAUGGCAAGUGCGUUGAGAGGUGGGGGCCUGGUCCUAAGGGCCCUGGCACCAUCUGCGAUCGAUGCCGCAAGAAAUUGAAACACGUUGAACGUCGCAAGACGUCGAACUCCAUGAGCCUAAACGCCCUCCUCCACGACCAGCCUGCGGCGAUCUACCCCUCGGGUGCCCCACAAGCGGCCCCGGGCUCGCACACCAAGAGGGGCAGCUCGCACUCAGGCUCAGACCGCUCCGUCCACUGGACCGACACCCUUCCCAUCCACCCUUCUAAUUCAUCGCGCGCCCCCGACCUGACCGGACUCUCCUCGAGUGGCGUCUACUCCUGGCAAGAUCGCGACCGGGAUCACAACUGCGAGAACGGCGCAUCGCCGUACCACUGCUCGUCUCACCGCAGCCCCACCCCGCACGGCAUCACCACGCUCCCGCAGGACGACGAUGACGACGAC